AUGCAGCAACAGUGUUCCUGGAUAGAAGUGCAGAGAUCAGCAAUUGAAGCAACCAAAAAGCCCCUCCAAAAUGCAGUAACUGAUUGCUUUCACUUGAAAACAACUUGUGUUUGUUCUGCAAACCCAAUUCGCAUAGCAGACCUUGGCUGUUCCACCGGAACAAACAUCUUCAUUGCAACACAAAACAUAAUAGAAGCAAUACAACUCAAAUACCAAUCUCAAUCUCAAAAUCAAAAAACCCCAGAAUUCUUUGUUUUCUUCAAUGAUCAAGCGUCAAAUGAUUUCAACACUUUCUUUCAGAAACUUCCUCCCAAUAGAAACUACUUUGCAGCUGGAGUUCCUGGUUCUUUCUAUGGACGUUUAUUUCCAAGUCAAAGCCUGGAUUUAGUUCACUCAUCUUCAUCAUUGUCCUGGCUCUCUAAGAUGCCCAAAGAGCUUACUGAUAGAAACUGUGGUGCUUGGAAUAAGGGAAGGAUUUUCUAUACUAAUACUCCAAAAGAAGUUGAAGAUGCUUAUAAGGGACAGUUUAAGAUGGAUUUGGCGACCUUUUUACAAGCCAGAGCACAAGAACUUGUGGGCAAUGGGAUAAUGAUACUUCUGAUACCUGCUGCUCAUGAUGUGAUUGAUUUUAGUGUGGACCUGUAUGGUGGAAAAGAUCAUGAAGUUUUGGGAAGCUGUCUCAUGGACAUGGCGAAACUGGAUCUGAAGAAAAUGCUUGAGAGUAAUGAAGAUUUGAGUGUAGAGAAAAUGGAUCUAUUAGAUGGCAAUAACUUGAUAAUUGAGCCAAACUUGGGCAGACAUGUUUCUCAAUGCCGAGCUGCUUUCGAAGUGCUAAUUGAGAAGCACUUUGGUGAUGGAAUUGUUGAUGAACUUUUUGAUCGCUUUGCUCAGAAACUUAUGAAAUCCCCACAACUCAUGAUGUAUCCCCAGAAGCUCAAACUUGUUAUGCUUUUUGUUGUUCUCAAGGGCAAGGUCUGA